AUGGCUCCGCAGGACACCUUCUUCCGCUCGUCGGACAUGAGCUUGACCCAGCUCUACAUCGCCAACGAGAUCGGAAGAGAGGUCGUCAGUGCAUUGGGUGAAAUUGGCCAGGUCCAGUUCCGUGAUCUGAACCCGGACACGAACGCUUUCCAACGUGCCUUCACCAAGGAGAUCCGUCGCCUGAACAAUGUCGAAAGACAACUCACCUACUUCCACGAGCAGAUCGAAAAAGCCAGUAUUCCUCUGAGAUCAUCGCAGGACUUUUCCGAUACCCUUGCCGCCCCUUUGGCAUCCGAGAUCGACGAGUUGUCCGAUCGCAGCGAGAGCCUUGAGCAACGCAUCGUUUCGCUGAAUGACAGCUACGAGACACUGAAAAAGCGCGAGGUCGAGCUGACCGAGUGGCGCUGGGUGCUUAGAGAAGCCGGCGGAUUCUUCGACCGUGCUCACACCCAAACCGACGAUAUUCGCCAGUCCCUGGAUAACGAUGAAGCCCCUCUGCUGCGUGAUGUCGAGCACCAUGCCUCUCGCCAGAACGGGGACACCCAAACCCAGAGCUUCUCGGAGAUGAACAUUGGUUUUGUCGCUGGUGUCAUUCCCCGGGAGAAGAUUGGAACCUUUGAGCGUGUGCUCUGGCGCACUCUGCGUGGUAACCUUUACAUGAACCAGUCCGAGAUCCCGGAACCCAUCAUUGACCCCGCAACCAACGAGCCAACCUACAAGAAUGUCUUCGUCAUCUUCGCCCACGGAAAGAACAUUCUGACCAAGAUCCGCAAGAUCUCAGAAGGUCUCCAGGCAUCUUUGUACGGCGUUGAUGAGAACAGCGAGCUCAGAAGGGAUCAGAUCCACGAAGUGAACACUCGCCUUGGUGACGUUGGCAGCGUUCUGCGUAACACCAAGAGCACCCUUGACGCAGAGCUCUCACAGAUCGCCCGCUCUCUCGCUGCUUGGAUGAUUAUCGUCAAGAAGGAAAAGGCCGUCUACGCCACGCUGAACACGUUCUCGUACGACCAAGCGCGCAAGACCCUGAUCGCCGAGGCUUGGUGUCCGACCAACUCUCUGGGGUUGAUCAAGACGACUUUGCAGGACGUGAAUGACCGUGCCGGUCUCUCUGUCCCCACCAUUGUCAACCAGAUCCGCACCAACAAGACCCCUCCGACCUACGUCAGGACCAACAAGUUCACCGAGGCGUUCCAAACCAUUGUCGAUGCCUACGGUAUCGCCAAGUACUCCGAAGUCAACCCCGGUCUGUACACGGUUGUCACUUUCCCCUUCUUGUUCGCGGUCAUGUUCGGUGACUGUGGUCACGGUUUCCUGAUGACCAUGGCUGCUUCUGCCAUGAUUUUCUGGGAGAAGAAGCUUCACCGGACCAAGCUGGACGAACUGACAUACAUGGCAUUCUACGGACGAUACAUCAUGCUCAUGAUGGGUCUGUUCUCGAUCUAUACUGGGUUCAUCUAUAACGAUAUCUUCUCCAAAUCUUUCACCAUUUUCCCCAGUCAGUGGCAGUGGCCCGCGGACAUCAAGGCCGGCCAGAUGGUCGAGGCUACUCUGAAAGAAGGCUACCGUUUCCCCUUCGGUCUGGACUGGAACUGGCAUGAGGCAGACAACUCCUUGCUCUUUUCUAACAGUAUGAAGAUGAAGAUGAGUGUGCUUCUUGGAUGGUCCCACAUGACCUAUGCCCUCUGCUUGCAGUACGUCAACGGACGGCACUUCAAGUCCAAGGUCGACAUCUGGGGCAACUUUGUUCCCGGCAUGCUCUUCUUCCAGUCGAUCUUUGGUUACCUCGUCCUUACUAUCCUCUACAAGUGGUCUGUGAACUGGCAGGAGAAGGGAGUCAACCCUCCCAACUUGCUCAACAUGCUCAUUUUCAUGUUCCUGAGCCCCGGCUCGGUCGCACCAGACGAACAACUCUACCCAGGCCAGGGCACGGUUCAGACUCUCCUGCUUCUCAUUGCCGUGGCACAGGUUCCGGUGAUGCUGUUCCUCAAGCCAUUCUGGCUGCGCCACGAGCACAACAAGAACCGCGCUCUCGGAUACCGCGGCCUCGGUGAACACUCUCGCGUCAGUGCCCUGGAUGAAGAAGGUGAUGAGACCGCCCUCCUGGGCGGUCGCCCCAGCGACGACGGUGUGGCCAUGCUCGCCCAGGACAUGGGUGACGGCGAGGAGCACGAGGAGUUUGACUUUGGCGACAUCAUGAUUCACCAGGUCAUCCACACCAUCGAGUUCUGUCUCAACUGUAUCUCGCACACCGCCUCGUACCUCCGUCUCUGGGCUCUGUCGCUCGCCCACCAGCAGCUCUCUAUCGUUCUGUGGACCAUGACCAUUGGUAGUGCCUUCGACCAGGAAUCGCCCGUGACCCGUGUGAUCAUGAUCGUGGUCAGCUUCUACCUGUGGUUCGUGUUGACAAUUGCCAUUCUGUGUGUGAUGGAAGGCACCAGUGCGAUGUUGCACUCCCUCCGUCUCCACUGGGUUGAGGCGAUGAGCAAGCACUUUGUCGGUGAGGGAAUUCCCUUCGUGCCGUUCAGCUUCAAGACCCUCUUGGAGGAUGACCCUGUCGACUAG